AGUUAAAUUUGGGCUGGGCCGCCUAUACAAUACUAUUUAACUAUACCCGUAUUGAAUGUUGAUAGAUAAAAGCGUUAUAUUUUCAUAAUAGUAUAACAGUUUAUAAAAUUGUGCCAUUUUUUAUAGGAAAAAUUUUUAAUUUUAAACUAACACAAAAAUGGUUUCAAAAUCAAAGACUGGACUAUUUGCGCUGGGAUUUUUUACAUUUGCAUCUUUAUUUAUUAUUGUCGCUUUUGUAAGCCCAUAUUGGCUGGUUACUGAUGGAAAAUUGAAAAAUCCGAAAUUUUUAAGAAUUGGUCUAUGGGAGGUUUGUUUUAAUGGUUUUGAAGAAGUUCAUCACUGGUAUGACACAAUAUUCAGCGAUUGUUGGUGGAUUUUCGAAGAGGAAUACUAUAUCAUCCAUGAUAUACUUUUGCCUGGUUUUUUUAUUGCAACUCAAUUUUUCUUUACAAUAACAAUGUGUUGUAUUAUUGUUUCAAUUUUCUUAUUUUACAUGUACAUCAAGAAAGAUCAAGAUGAUGAUAAUUAUGUAACACUUUUAUUAACAUUUGGAACUACCUUGGUAAUAGGCGGUUUUUCAGGUUUGAUAUCAGUUGUAACUUUUGGUGCAAGAGGGGAUGGAAGGGAUUGGAUGCCUCAUUGGGAGCACAAUGAUCUGGGAUGGGCAUUUGCCCUUGGUGUUAUAGGAGUUAUAUUUCUGUUUCCAGCAGGAAUACUGUUCCUUAUUGAGGCUAGAGUGAGGAAAUACAAGAGACUGCAUGAAAUGCAAAGUAGAGAACCUUCAUCUUAUACAAUGCACGAAAGGAAGGUUGCCUUUCCUGGGCAUACAGAUAUAUAAAAUUAUAUUGUAACAUUUUAGUGAUAACACUACACAGGCAGGCUAACAAUUCAUGAUCUUAUGCAAUCCGUCCAAGAGUUAUUUAGGAAAAAGUUUUUUAUGUAAUUGUAUUUUUAAGUACAUAGCGUUAAGGUACAGUGUAAUCUGAAUUUACUUUAAACAAGAUCUGGGGGUAAUCAUUUUUUAACACAUUUUUGUACUUUCUAAAGUCUACUGUAGCAUCAUAAAUAUUGUCUUUUUAUCAUUGUAAAGGUUUAUGUUGUUUUAUGUUUUUUAAUUUAAAGGUACAGUAGAAACUUGAUCAACUAAACUAAUGUAUGAUGUCAGGCAUCCAGAUAAUUAUAUAUCUGGAUCUUGAUAACACAAUGUAUGAAAGAAGGUUUCAGUAAAUUUUUAGAUUAAGUUUUAAUAAUCUCAGGUGCGUAUUGAAAAUAACAAAUAAAUCUUGUCAUAGCACAAUCAAGUAAAUGUGUGAAUUUACAAUAGGAGCUGUACAAUUUUACCUUUUUUUUUCAUUCUUGGUGCAAAUUUCUCAAAUGCUUCUAUCAUAACAUUUGUUUCCGGACAAUGCCCAAUCGGUCCAGCUUUUUAUGUGACCAAGGAAAAUUGGGGUGAAAUUUUGUAUAAUAA